AUGAACACCGACCUGAAUGAGCUAGCACCCUCCGUCCCAAAUCAAAUCAAAGCCCUGAAAACUGUGUAUCAGAGCUAUGUUGAUCGCAUAACGCCACACGUCAAAGAAAGAUGGGCGAGUUUAGGAUUGUUAUUGGCGUUAUUUUUCCUAAGAAUCAUUUGGACUCAUAGCUGGUACGUUGUGUGCUACGCGCUUGCAAUUUACCUUUUGAAUCAGUUCCUUGCCUUUUUGACUCCAAAAUUCGACGUUUCACUACAGCAGGAUGAAGAGAAUGAUGAGCUCGAAGCAGGUGAACGAGGUGAUGAAUUCCGACCAUUUAUCAGGAGAUUACCAGAAUUCAAGUUUUGGUACAAUUCUGUGAGAGCAACGGUCGCUUGUUUUGUGAUGUCGUUCUUCACCUUCCUCGAUUUGCCCGUAUUCUGGCCCAUAUUAGUGUUUUACUUCAUUUUGCUCUUCUUACUGACAAUGAGAAGACAAAUCCAGCAUAUGGUGAAGUACAAAUAUGUUCCGCUCGAUAUUGGCAAGAAGAAGUAUGGAAGUAAGCAUUAA